AUGGAAUUCGAUACGGAACAAUUGAGUAGAUUUAUUCUAUAUUUAUUUACUGGACAUCCAAUGGAUAUUGAAGACAGUGAUAUAGAAGAGGCUGAUGUUAGUGAUUUACCUAAUAUUGAUCGACUAGAACCACGGAACAAUGUCAAUCAUAACAACAACAACAAUCAUAAUAAUAAUAAUAAUGAGGAUGAUGAUGAUGACGAUGAUGAUGAUGAUGAUGAUGAUGAUGAUGAUGAUGAUGAUAAUGAUGAUGAAGUGAAUAAAAAGCAUUAUUGUUUUAUUGUAUUCAAUAAUCCUAAAUUGUCAAAACUUUUGAAAACAAAAGUAUUAAAGAAACCAGACAAUACAAAUCAACAGGGUCAACGACAAGUGCAUGGAGAACAUCGUGGGGUAGCUCGACCAACACGAAAACCAGUAACACAACAAGGAGGGAAAGAAAUGGAUUUAAAUCUACAUUUCAGUGGUAAAAUAGAAAAACUCAUCAAUGCAUUCAUGAAACAUCAAACACCACCUUUCUCGAGAAAAUAUAUUCUCGAUUUAACAGAACAAUAG